AUGCCGUCCACACGCCCUCGACCUUCUCGGGAGCCUACCAAAGAGUCAAUCCGCACCGCCGUUAUUGUCGGGCUCGUCAUCGGCCUUCUCGGUCUCAUCGUGCUGGGUUCUCUCCUCUACCAACGCCGCCUAUGGCGAAACAUAAAAGCUGGUACUAUGAUUGGAAAGUGGGAAUUUGAAAGACGAGAAAGAGGGGGUAAGACAACAUGGAGGGCAGAUGUAGAGAAGGGCUUAGAAGUCGGUAUAAUUCAAGAGCCUUUGCCAGUCUACGCCAAAGAAGCUGUGAGGGGUGAGAAGCGAUUAGAAAUGGGUGUGCUGAGGUAA